CAAAGAAGAAGAAGAAGAAGAGCAGCUGGGGGCCGUGACGUCAGCAGCGGAAGAGGAUUGAGAGAGAGCCGAUGUUUGCGCUGCUCAUAAUAAACCCCUAAAACAGAUCAGACGACAGCUUGCAGAUGUCUGAGGACGUCUAUGAGAAGUUCCUGGCUCCAGAAGAGCCGUUUCCGCUGCUGUCUCAGAGAGGGAACUUCAGUGAAGAUGCCACGCUGGACGUCAGUGACUUCGGCUGUCAGCUGUCCUCGUGUCACCGGACCGACCCGCUUCACCGCUUCCACAGCAGCAGGUGGAACCUGACCUCGUGUGGCACCAGCGUGGCCAGCUCGGAGUGCAGCGAGGAGCUCUUCUCCUCCGUGUCUGUGUGCGAUCAGGACGACUGCUACUCGCUGCUGGACGAGCAGGAGCUGGCCUCCUUCGACCUGUUCCCCGAGGGCAGCGUGUGCAGCGACGUGUCCUCCUCCAUCAGCACGUACUGGGACUGGUCCGACAGCGAGUUCGAGUGGCAGUUACCCGGCAGUGAUAUAGCCAGCGGCAGCGAUGUGCUGUCAGACAUCAUUCCCAGCGUGCCCAGCUCACCCUGCCUCGCCUCCAAGAGAAAAAACAAACCGCACCGGAACCUGGACGAGCUGCCCUGGAGCGCCAUGACCAACGACGAACAGGUGGAAUAUAUUGAAUAUUUGAGUCGAAAAGUGAGCACAGAGAUGGGACUUCGGGAGCAGCUUGACAUCAUAAAAAUAAUCGACCCGAGCGCACAGAUUCUGCCGACGGACAGCGAGUUCAUCAUCGAGCUGAACUGCCUCACCGAUGAGAAGCUCAAGCAGGUGCGGAGCUACAUCCGUGAGCACGGCCCGCGGCAGCAGCGCAGCGUGAAGAGGAGCAUGACGAGCAGCGUGAGCGCUCACAGCAGCAGUGACGCCAGCAUGGUCAGCAGCGUCAGCAGCAGCAGCGCCUCCACCGCAUCCAGCAUCAGCCGCGCUCACAGCGACGGGAACCUGGCCUCCGCCGCAGAGAGGAUACGAGACUCCAAGAAACGCUCCAAGCAGAGGAAGCUGCAGCAGAAGGCCUUGCGCAAGCGACAGCUGAAGGAGCAGAGACAGGCUCGCAAGGAGAGACUCAGCGGCCUGUUCCUGAACGAGGAGGUGCUGUCUCUCAGAGUCACGGAGGAGGAGGACCACUGCGACGACCUCGACGUGCUGAUGUGACCCGAGUGAACCCUUCAGUGUUCCUUCUACGCCGGACCAGUCCCCCUCAGCAUCACACACACAGCAGGUGGCCUGUGGAGUCUCGGAGCACUGAUAGUGACCGGUGACCUCUAGCACGUUACACUGAUCCCAUGAACCAAGCAUUCAAAUACAUGUAGACUGAUGUACAGCAAAAACACUAAUCGAUGUCUGCUGCACGUGAAGCGGGCGACCGCUGCCUCCUCGAGGUGUUUGGACAUCACACACACGGGGAACAACAUGCCAGCGACGUUUCACAACCGCAAGAAACACAGUCAAACCAGAAAUUAUUCAGACACCUUCAACAUUUCUCACAUUAUCAGUUUAUUCGCUAUAGUUUAGAAAAUGGUAAUAAAAUAUGAGAAGAACUCAGAGUUAAACUAUCAGAACAAAUUCAUCGUGAUAAUGUCAGAUAACUCUGAUAGAAAGGUAUGUAAUGGAUUCGGUUGAAUAGCUGUCAGCUGUUAAAUUUAAGAACACAAUUAGAUAAAACCAAUUUAGCUCAACUAAUUACCAAGCAAUGCUUCAUUUUGUUCAGUCUGUGUGUAAAAAGAUCACAUUAGCAAUUAAAGAAAAACACUUCAAAACAUGCUCAGAUCAAAGUGUCGGAAUCAUUUUUUAAUCCCAGAUUUUACAGGUAGUCCACUGUAUGAAGAAUGUUUGGGUAUAAUGUGUCACAAUUUGCUUUAUUUUGCUAUCCUCACUUACAUAAAUGAACUAUAGUGUCCUGCACCCGCUAGUAAAAAAUAUAUCUCAAAUUAUAUCUGCUGUCUGAUUAAUUUUUGGUUUGACUGUAUGUGUUAUUAAACACUCUUCACUAGAAAACAAUAAAUGAUUUAGUGCAUAACCCUAUUUGUAUGUGAUACCAAGUUUAAAACAUUCUUGGUACUAAUGAUUCUGUAGAAAGACAAAAAUACGUAAAAAAGACGCCUUUCUAUAACAGCGCAGUUAAAUGUGUGCUGGACGUCUGCAUUAAAGCAUAACUUCUCAAACAACACAAGCUCUGACACGUUCUUCAGUAGCUUUGAAAGGUUUGUAUUUCAUCAUGGUAUACACUGACCAUUUGUUCAUAAUAUGUGCAUAAAUUGUGUAAUCAUUGUUUGUCGAAGUCCAUGUUGAACUCAGGCAUAGAGGGAACACUGACCGCUGAAGUCGUCGCCUCCGUUGUGUCUCUACUUUGAUUUGAAAUGUCAUCAAAUUAUGUUUUGGAACUUUUUGACAUUAAAAUUUCACAUGAAAAUCUAGUAGUACACAAUACCUUUAAACAUGUUCAUUGACCUAAUAUUACAGAAAAUAUCACUUGUGCUCUCCUAGGCAAUCAGAGAAAGUAAUAUUUCAGCAUUUUUAUUGUGAUCAUAUUUAUAUCUGUGUUUUAGAGUGGAAGUGAGGGGAAUAUGUUUUAGUGUAAAAACUACACGCAAUCAUUGUCUUACGUGUUUUGUUUAGGUCAGAAUUUGUUUGCUUACGAAACUUAUUUUUUUGUUAACCUUGCGUACGUGUUAUUUAAGCUUUCUUUAUAAAUGUAAGCUUUGUUUUACUGCAAAUGUACAAUUCGAACAAUGAUUUUCCAAAAACAUGUUUAGUUGCAAAAUGUCUAAAUAACAUUUUUAUUGGUUACACCAUUUAUAAGACAACUACAUAGAUGAGUCAGACGUACAUGUAUACGGUGAAGUUAGUAUGACUUAACUGCUUUGCUGAAAUGUCUGAAUAUUCUUAAUUUUAACAGAAUAAAAUCAAAAGUAUGACGUGGAUGAGAUGUGACAUAUUGAACAUCAAACUGCUUUUGUGUCAAUUAAUUCUGUACUGUCUUGACAUUAAAUAUUUUUAAGCAUUUAAA